CUCUCACGUUCCUGUGAGACCUUGAUGUUUGUAAGUCAAAAUACAGCUUUUCUACUAUUCAUGUAUCACAUCUGUAUCUCAUGUCCGCCUUUCGAGAGCUUCCAAUUAUGCAAUCCUCUCCUCAAAGCACGGAUUUAAACUCAAGCUCCGGUUUUCGGGAAGUCGAUUGCCCCGCGUUGCCGGUUACUAGCCCGUGAUUUGUGAGAUGAUAGAAGUUGUUAUCUUUGUGUCAUUGAUUCUGCCAUCCAACUUGUUGUUCUUUCAGCUACCGACGACUCUUUAUAAUCCUUCAUUAUGCCACUGCCUGCAAGACCUUUGGAUGCCCUUAGUCAGGCAUUCCCUCCCAAGCCCAAAUUCACAGAGGCAAAUGUUCCCGAUCUUACAGGAAAAGUGACCAUUGUCACCGGAGCAAACACUGGAGUUGGUCGCGAGAUUGCCCAGGUUCUUUACAGCAAGAAUGCAACCGUCUGGGUCGCUGCUCGUAGCACAGAGAAGGGUGAGGCUGCCAUUGAGGGCAUCAAGAAGCAGCACCCUGAGUCGAAGGGCACCCUCAAGUUUCUCAAGCUCGACCUCGCAGAUCUAACGACAAUUGGAACUUCAGCCAAGUCGUUCCUUGAAGCUGAGAGCAGACUUGACAUUCUGUUCAACAAUGCGGGAGUUAUGACACCACCAGAGGGGGCCAAGACCGUGCAGGGGUAUGAGCUCCAGCUUGGAGUCAAUUGUCUCGGUCAUUUCUUGUUCACCAAGUACCUCACUCCUCUUCUUCAAAAGACCGCGAAGUCGGCGCCCAAAAAUUCUGUUCGUGUGAUCUGGGUGUCUAGCUCCGCGGCGGAUGUUCUCGCCCCGAAGAAUGGAUUCGAGCGUGAUAACCUCGAUUACCAUGAGCCACGAAACCUGGUGUUCAAGUACGCAACAAGCAAGGCUGGCAACUUCUACCACAACACAGAGUUCGCCAGGAGGUUCAAGGACGAUGGCAUCGUGAGCGUGUCUCUAAACCCCGGCAAUCUGGCAAGCGAACUCGAUCGCACGUCACCCUGGUAUAUGUACUAUCCUAGAACCAUUACUACCUAUGCUCCUAUCUAUGGCGCAUACACGGAGCUUUUUGCUGCCUUUUCUGAUGAUAUCACAGUCGAUAAAUCCGGUAUUUGGGUGGUUCCAUGGGGGCGAUUCAUGCCUAUCCGCCCAGAUCUUGAGAAAGGCGCUUUGUCCAAAUCUGAAGGUGGAACAGGUAUGGCAGAGUUCUUCUGGAAUUGGUCUGAAGAGCAAGUCAAGCCGUACUAUCAGGCUUGAUAGUUUCUCUAUAAUGUAUAGUUUAUGAUACUAUUUUCUUCAGUUUACAAUAUCUUGGCUUUAAAUCACCUGUUGUGCAACGACUUGAGAACUUAUGAAGGCUUAUUGGUUGAAUUGACUUAUGCUAAUUCAACGUAUUCGGGGAUUGUCAGUGCCUCGACUGAGCAAGUCUAUUGAAUAAGGUACCUUGCGCUGUGUUGAUGGAAGUUUGAGGCAUGCCGUGGCUUACGGCUGUUGGACUCUGAUCAAAGCCUGAUGGAGGAUGAGAUGAAGGAGACCCUGUUAAUUCAAAAGAGCUCGUCCAGCUACUGUCGCUAGGCCCAGCUUUGAUGAGCCUUGAUGAGUCAAUAGAUGCCAAUGCGAGCCUUUGUCACUUCAGGCUGGGAUCUUUCUGGCCGGUGACUCCCAGUAUUGAAUGAUGAUUUCGGAGCCAAUCAAAGGGCCCAAUUUGAGCAUCGCCCCAAUGCUUGUGAGUCUUAGGCGAUAUUA